ACCCCCUCCACGCGGCGCUGCGACACGCGUGCGGGGAGAGGAGGCGCCAGCUGCAUUCCGAGCUCGGGCACCGCUGCUGUUUCUCCGCCGAGCGUCCCAGUCUAUCAAUCCGAAGUCCGGCUACCAUGGAGGCUCAGGCACGAGGUUUGUUGGAGACGGAACCACUGCAAGGAAGAGAUGAAGACACAGUAGCCAGUGCUGACUUCUCUAGCAUGCUCUCUGAGGAGGAAAAAGAGGAGCUAAAGGCAGAACUAGUUCAGCUGGAAGACGAAAUUACAACAUUACGACAAGUUUUAUCAGCUAAAGAAAGGCAUCUGGUUGAGAUAAAACAAAAACUCGGCAUGAACCUGAUGAAUGAAUUAAAACAGAACUUCAGCAGGAGCUGGCAUGAUGUGCAGACUACUACUGCCUACAAGAAAACACAGGAAACCCUGAGUCACGCAGGGCAGAAGGCAACUGCAGCUUUCAGCAAUGUGGGGACGGCCAUCAGCAAGAAGUUUGGAGACAUGAGGUCUCACUCCAUUGGCUACUCCAUCCGCCAUUCCAUAAGUAUGCCUGCUAUGAGGAAUUCUCCUACUUUCAAAUCAUUUGAGGAGAGGGUUGAAACAACUGUCACAAGCCUUAAGGUUUUCUUUAGAAGAAGGAGAUAUGAAGAAGCAAAAGAAGAAUAAAGGACAACCUAUUUUCAUUUGCUUUUAGGAAAUUCUGGUAAGCUCACACUCUCAGCUUCUCACUUUUCUUACCUCAUCUGGUUGGAAGGUAGAGAGCCUGCCUCCUCCUUUAGACACUUACAAAACUAACUCAGCCAACCAGAUACCAGCCUGUGUCGAGACUUCCUGAAAGCAGAUUCUCUAUUGCACAACUGUCCAUGUGUCUCACAAGACUCACAUUCCACCCACUUCCUGGGUCACGGUCAAUGCCUAGCUUCUCUUAUUCUGCCCACACAGGCAAUGGAGAAUAGCGAAUAAUCAAGCUUUGUGUUAGAUCUCCCACUUAAUAAUUACAAAUAUCUUAUUCCUUUUUUUACUUCAGACUAAACAAUAGAUGCUUAACCUUUCUUUGUAGAGUUUAUUUUCUUCAUAAUUUACUUUUGUGUUCUCAAUCUUCUCCAAAACUUCUCUAACUUUCUUCAACUAUGGAUCCCGAGGCUGUUUCCUGCUGAAGGAAUGACUCAUGAAUCAGUAAGGAUGAGUGAAAUUCCUUGCAGGUCUGUGUGCUGUAUUUCUGCUCCCACAUACUGCUUUGAGCCUGAUUUUUCAAACACCGCUUUAAGGGAGUCGUGUUCAUAUUUGUGUUCUAUUAGAAAUAAUGUUCUGUGCAGUGAGGUCCUUUCCUGCCACCUUCUCACACAAUCUGUCCCCCCAUCUGGCAUUUUCACCCAGUGGAUGGUUCUUAUACCCAAUUGUGUAGAUUGAUUUUCUGUGGAAAACUUGCCAAUUCAUCAUAAUCAUAUAAAAUGUAACGCCUUUCUGCCUACAUCUUGACUGAUGUCACCUGUACACUCAAUGAGCACAAUUUCUAUUUCAUCUAAAACAAGCAAAUAGGAAACAGACCCAGAAUUAGCUCACUCCCGUGAAAGCAUAUUUGGAAUGUUCUGCCAUGUUCCAAUGAAUCACGGGCAACUACCUCCCUUCCAGUCAUUCUGCACCCAUAUCAAACAGGACAUGGUUUCAAUGCACCUACCUUUUUUUUUUUUUUUUUUUUUUGUCUUUUU